GAUGACUUCACACGAGUUAGCACGCCUAGAGCCUCAUAAUCGGUGUUCUUCAGUGUAUCAAGGUUGUGUUAGGUUAGGUGUUAGGAGUGAAAUCGAGUGAUACGAUAGUUAUCAACCAGUUAUCACACUGUGAGAGACGCCAAACCACGCAUAGAUAAACACUCUAAGAGCCAAAACGCUUAGCCAUGUCAUCGAAUCCGUACUUGCAGGUAAAGACAGGUGAGAAUUUCAUGGAAAAUGGAAACAAUUCCAACGUCGUCGAACUGCUGAAAUGGAACAGUAGUGGGGAACAGAAGAUGAGCGUUGCUGAUGACAAGAAUUCCAACGGCGUGGAAAUAGUAGAUGGCAAGACAGAUGACGACGACGAAGAAGAAGUUGUUGUGACAGAUGAUGAGGAUGAAGGCGAUGCGUGUGUCGUGUUCAGGAUGUUAGAGUUUGUGAGAAACGCUCUUUGGACAUACAGAAAAUUCGUCAAAAUGACAUGCUGCGUGAUUGUGUUCCUGUUGUUCCUCGCAUACUCCGGCUACUGUCUGUAUCGCAACUGGGGGAGCGAAGGGGGCUACCGACUCUUGCUGCUGGUCUGUUUUGUCUUGUACCUGACCCUUGGGUACCGCUUAGUGAAGCCUGUGGUCAAAGUCGUCACAUCAGUACAAGUGCAGCCUCAAAGAGUGAAGUUUCUGCAGAAAGUAUUUCGAUGGGCGUGCUAUGUGGCAGGAUGUGGAGGGGCUGUGGCGUACAUCGCCAUCGACAUCGCACCUCGUCAGCCGCGAAACCUUCUCGCACUGGGAGGCAUCUUCUCCAUCGUCAUCAUCGGCUUCCUAAUCUCCACCAAUCAGCGAAGGGUCAACUGGCACGCGGUGUUUUGGGGGAUCGCGCUUCAGUUCUACUUUGCCAUCUUUCUUUUACGCAGUCCUGUGGGUCGCGAUCUGUUUAAGUGGAUCGGCGAUCGAGUUAUGGAAUUUAUCCAUUACACGGACUCAGGAUCUCGUUUCAUCUUUGGUGAGGCCUUCACAAUGCACCGUUUUAUUUUCCAGAACAUGCCGGCCGUCAUUUUCCUCAACUCCAUCAUCGCUUUAGGCUACUACUAUGGCGCCAUACAGGCUGUGAUAGCUACCUUCGGCAAGUUCCUUGCCAUCUGCCUCCGCACCACCCCCAUCGAGUCCGUCAACGCUGCUGCCAACGUCUUUCUCGGCCCAGCCGAAGCCCCACUUGUAAUCAAGCCUUUCAUCGAGAAGGUGACCGUGUCCGAACUCUUCGCCGUCAUGACAGGAGGACUGGCCAGCAUUGCUGGGGCCGUGCUGGGGACAGUCGCUAGCAUGGGGAUUCCAGCCAAUCACCUGCUGGCAGCCAACGUGAUGUCAGCUCCGGCGGCCUUAGCCCUGGCCAAGCUGAUCUGUCCACAGUCGCGAGGGGACAAGAUUCUGACCGGUGAAAGCGCUUACAAAAUAGAUUUUGGGGCCUACAAUAACGCACUGGAAGCGGUGUCGCGGGCGGCAGUGGAGGCGGUGAAAAUUGUCGCCACUAUCUGCGCCAACAUCCUUGUCUUCAUCGCGCUCCUGGAGUUCGCAGACCGCACGGUGGAGUGGUUCGGUGAUCAGGCUGGUGUGCCUCAUCUCACCUUGUCGCGGCUGCUGUCUUAUCUCUUCUACCCACUGGCCUACCUGACUGCCACCGACACUGAGGACGUGUUCGUUAUUGGUCGACUGAUCGGAGUCAAGAUUCUAACUAAUGCACAGCUGGCUUACAUGCAAGCAGCUCAGAUCGCCAACAACACACUGACACUAACCAAAUAUAAAGAGCUACACCCAAACGGAACGUGGUAUUACAACGGCGAUGACGUCAUCCUGGACGCCUUCAACCAGACAUUGACUGGAGGCGUCAUGACGGAAAGAACGUUAGUCCUGUCUACCUACAUCCUAUGUGGGUUUUCCAAUUUCUCAGCGAUGGGCGUCACCUUGGGGACGAUAUCGGCAAUGGCGCCAUCUAGAUCAAGGGACGUGCUCAGAUAUUUAAUUCGAGCAGGUAUCGCUGCCAACCUCGCCUGCAUUCUCACCGGAUGCGUUGCCGGUCUGGUAUACAUCUGACCAUCGUAAACUGGAUAACACCCUGAGAGAGAACAGUUAUCAUCUUUAAAAUGUUAUAUUUUAUUAUCUUCAUAUAUAUAUAUAUAUAUUGUGAUGUCCUGCGUUUGCAUUUAUUUGUAUGUUUGAGAAUAAACAAAAG